AUCAGCUUUUCCUUCUGAUCUGCAAAGCUGUGUGCAGCCAGCUAGAAGCCGCACUGUGUGGUGUAGCAGUUAUGAGCUGAGAGGAUAUAGGAAAUCUAGAUUCUAAUUUAUACAGAAGCACAAUACCUGUCGGGUGACAUCGGGCUCUGACUUAUCUUGCAGAGUUGUUGUGAAUAUAAAGUAGCAAAGAGAAGAACCAUGUACACUGCCUUGAAGCCACUGGAAAGAGUGGCAGAGGACCCACAGAGAUUUGAAAGGCGCAAAUCCAAGUUCUUCUGACUCCUUAAUGCUGCGGUAACAUUUGCCUUAAUGGCACUCACAGCCGCAUUUGAUGUCAAUGGAAAGCGUGUACUUCAGGGAAACGCGUCUGCUACAGCACUAUAGCUCUCUAUUCAAAGCGCUGGUUAAGAUCUUUAAAGCCCUACACAGCUUGGAUCCCGACUGUUUGAAAAAGUGUAUCUCCUUAUAUGAGCCUGCCCCUUCUCUAAGAUCUUCAAGGGAAGGCUGUCUCUUUGUCCCACCACCAUCCCAGAUACGUCUGGAAAGGACAUGAGAGAGAGCCUUCUGGGUGGCUGUCUCCAAAUUAUGGAUCUUCCUGCCUUGAUAGGUCCGGUUGGCCCACUCUCUGCUGUCCUUCUGCUGGAAGGUUAUAUCAAAAUCCAUAAUUUUGGCCCCCAAACCUGCUCUCAACUUAAACAUGAGGUUGACAUAAUCAAGUACAUGUGGUGCCCUGUCAUUCUGCUGAACUUGAGUACCGCUGGCAGCUGUCCUUAUCUAGAAAAGUCAUUUCAAUUUCCCCCCCAAUAUGCUUGUAGACAUAAUCUGCUACAACAAGAAAUGCUUCCGGAACUGGCAUCUGCCUUAAGAAGAGACUCUGUAUCACUUCUGGUGCAGUGGAAUAUUAAUGUGCCUUGCAAGCAGGCCACAGAUCUUGCACUGUUCAAAAUGGUGUUUGGUGAAUUCUUCCACAGACCAGGACAAGAUGAGGAGCUUGUCAAUUUGAAUGUAGGUGGCUUCAAACAGUCAAUUGGCCAAAGUACCUUACUCAGAUUCCCCCAUACAAGACUUGGGAAGUUGCUCAAAUGCCAUUCAGAAGAGGCCAUAUUGGAACUGUGUGAUGAUUACAGUGUUGCGGACAAGGAGUAUUACUUUGACAGGAAUCCUUCAAUGUUCAGAUAUGUGCUGAAUUUCUAUUACACGGGUAAGCUCCAUGUUAUGGAAGAGCUUUGUGUCUUCUCCUUCUGUCAGGAAAUAGAAUACUGGGGGAUCAAUGAACUUUUCAUUGAUUCUUGCUGCAGUAACAGGUAUCAAGAAAAGAAAGAAGAGUGCCCAGAUAAAGACUGGGACCAUAAAAGCAAUGCUGGAAGCCUGGACUCUUCUGAUGAAGAGUCAUCCAUUUUUGAGAAGGAACUUGAGAAGUUUGAUAAACAGUGGUUUGGGGACUUGCGUAAGAAAAUAUGGGUCACCAUGGAGAACCCUGCAUCUUGUUUGUCGGCCAAACUGAUUGCUGUUUCUUCCUUAAGUGUGGUGCUUGCUUCCAUUGUGACCAUGUGUAUCCACAGCAUGCCAGAAUUCCAAAAGCUGGAUGCCAAUGAAAGAGAGAUUGAAGACCCUGUUCUGGAAGUUGUGGAGAUCAUAUGCAUCAUCUGGUUCACCUCUGAGCUGAUGAUCAGGUUGGCUGCUGCUCCAAGUCAAAAAAAGUUCUGGAAGAACCCUUUGAACAUUAUUGACUUUGUCUCCAUCGUUCCGUUCUAUGCCACUUUGGCUGUGGACACAAAGGAGGAAGAGAGUGAAGAUAUUGAAAACAUGGGGAAAGUGGUUCAGAUCCUGCGCUUAAUGAGGAUAUUCCGUAUAUUGAAGCUCGCUAGGCACUCUGUUGGACUCCGUUCUUUGGGUGCAACUUUAAGGCACAGCUACCAUGAAGUGGGACUUCUGCUUUUGUUCCUGGCUGUCGGGAUUUCUAUUUUUUCUGUUUUGGUCUACUCAGUGGAAAAAGAUGAUGACACAUCAGAGCUGCAGAACAUCCCAAUCUGCUGGUGGUGGGCCACAAUCAGCAUGACAACUGUUGGCUAUGGGGACACCUUCCCAGUCACUCUUGCAGGAAAGAUUAUUGGCACAACCUGCAUUAUCUGUGGAAUCCUAGUGGUGUCUCUUCCCAUCACCAUCAUUUUCAACAAGUUUUCAAAAUACUACCAGAAGCAGAAGGAUAUUGAAGUGGACCAGUGCAACAAUGACCCUAAGGAGAAAACAAAUGACCUCCCUUAUUUUAAUAUAAGGGAUAUUUAUGCAAAAAGGAUGCACUCUUUUAUUUCUAGCCUUUCUUCUGUAGGAAUUGUAGCCAACGAUCAAGAUUCAACAGACGCCUCCAGUAUCCAAGAUCUUGAUGAUGUUUAUAACGCAACAUCUUUCCAGAAUGAACGUGCAUCUUUAGUCUCUUCGAAGACCCACCUGUGACUGGACCUGUAGUCUGCUGGUUCCACUCUGGCACUAAGCACAGCCAAAUGAAUCCACACACAGUGAAGAGAUGCUUCAGCAACCCAACUAAGUCAGAAAUGGUUAAAGGAGCUCUCUCUCUCACACAGCACUAGGGGAGAUAAUCAGAAGCAGUAAGUGGCAAAAAAACAUCAGGCAGUAAUGACAGAUUUUGCUAUGGCUUAUUGUGCAUUUGCUGCUACAGCUUCACACCAAUCCCCCAUUCCACCCAAAAGAAGCCAUACAUGCCAUUGAUAGCCUCAUUUUAUACUUUUUUGGCUAGCAAGAGAGUUUAUAUAAGAACCACCUAUCCAUAUGACCCAAUUUUCUUGUGUCCUCCCUCUCCCAUUAAUUAACAAAGCAUCAGUCCCUUUGGUGCUGCCUAACUCUGCCGAAUGCUUCCUCUCACAGUUGCCAUCAUUUACUUCCGCUGCUGAAUGAUGAUGAUAAUGAUGACGAUAACAGUGUAUUGUGACCUAAAGUUAAUAUCGCUUGCUGCUCCUUUGCUUGUUAUUGUUAAAGAACUUUUUUUAAAAAGAAAACUUCAGUAGGCCAACUGUGCAACUAAUCUCGGCUAACUACUUCACAAUAAGGCAGGCUACCUCAACACCAAUAAAAUUUUGACA